UUCGCAUAUGACCUUUCCACAUUUCCUUUCUGCCCUUUCCCAUUUACUCUCCGAUAUAUAUAAAUAUGUACAUGUCUAUAUAUAUAGGUCUCACCUCACAACUAUUAAUAUUCUUAAUUUGUCUCGACAGAUAUAAAUUGAUAUAUUUUGUGGUCCUCUCUCCUUAAUUUUCUCAUCAUUUCAUGGAGAAUUGUCAUAGUGCCCCUUUUUGCUUGGAGUUAACUAUAGGCUUCUCUUCUUCAUCUUUCUUAUCCCCCGGGGAAAGCACAAUGAAAGAGCUGGACAUAAACCAAGUGCCCUCAUCAGGAACAGAAGAAGAAUGCAUGGAAGAAGAAGAAGAAGGCGAGAGCCCGAACGGGGGCCCGGCCCGGAGAAAGAAGCUUCGCCUCACCAAAGAGCAGUCUCGUCUUCUUGAAGAAAGCUUCAAACAAAAUCACACCUUAAACCCUAGAGAGAAGGAAACUUUGGCAGAAAUAUUAAGCUUAAAGCCGAGGCAAGUUGAGGUCUGGUUUCAGAAUCGUAGAGCAAGGAGCAAGCUGAAGCAAACAGAAAUGGAGUGCGAGUACUUGAAAAGAUGGUUUGGAUCACUGAGUGAGCAGAACAGGAAGCUACACAAGGAGGUGGAGGAGCUCAGGGCAAUUAACGUCCACGGCCACGGCCACCUCCCGCCGCCGGCUUCCGCCCUCUCGAUGUGCCCUCGCUGCGAGCGUGUCACCGCCGCCGCCAACACAAAGAUGUCUCAUCUCCGGCACCGACAACCCCCUGCUGCAUGCUUCCUAUGAUUAGAAUCACUAAUCUCAAUUAGUAUAUAUAAUUAAUAUAUAGACUAGUUUUGAAGGACUCGUUGUAAGCAAUUAAUAUUGCAAGGGAACGAUCUUUGUUUCACUCAAUAUGACAUUAUGAUGCUCCAAA